CCUUUCUCAUUCAUUUUUUUCUAAAGCCCAAAAAAGCAAAUAAAACCCUAGAAAUUCUCCUCUGUUUAGUUUUUCACUCAACAAAAUCCUUCAUUACAAGAAAUCCCUAAUUCUUAAACACAAAACCCUAACCCUAAAACUCCCAAUUGUUUUCAAUCAGAAUCCGAGAUUUAUCAAUACAUUAAGAAAAUGGCAUCAAAAACUAGCACUAAAGACAUUAUCACUCUUAGAGGUUCAGCGGCAAUCGUUAGUGAGUUCUUUGGUUAUGCUGCUAAUAGUAUUUUGUAUAAUCGAGGGAUUUAUCCAGAAGAAAGUUUUACUAAAGUGAAGAAAUAUGGACUUCCUAUGUUAUUAACACAAGAUGAGAAUGUUAAAUUGUUUCUCACAAACUUAACUGCCCAAUUAUCAGAAUGGUUGGAAUCAGGACACUUGCAAAGGGUCGUUUUGGUGAUAAUGAGCAAACAAACUAAUGAAGUUUUAGAGAGGUGGAAUUUCAGUAUAGAGACUGACAAAGAAGUUGUUGAAAAGGGGGUUUCCAAGGAAAAGAGUGAUAAGGAGAUAAUGAGAGAGAUUCAAGCUAUUAUGAGACAAAUUGCAUCUAGUAUUACUUACUUGCCUUGCCUCGAUGAACAAUGUAUUUUUGAUGUGUUAGCUUAUACGGAUGCUGAAGUAGCAGUUCCAUUUACUUGGAUUGAAAGUGAUCCUAAACUUAUUGCAAACCCACAAAUGGUGAAAUUGCAUUCAUUUGAUACCAAGAUUCACAAGGUGGAUACUCUGGUUUCAUACAAAAACGACGAGGAAGACUAGUAAUUUGGAAUUAUUCCUGUGAUACUCUGGUUUCAUACAAAAACGACGAGGAAGACUAGUAAUUCGGAAUUAUUCCUAUGCUCAAGUGACAUUUGUCAACCCUUCUGUUUCUGCAUUUGAGUGAAUUCUGUGAAUCGUUUAUUCACAUAUAUUUUGUAAGUUUUUUGAGUGUGGAUAGAAUGAUGAACAAGAAAGUGUAGUUUUUCUUCAAGUGCUUCCUCAGAUAUUUCAGUAAUUUUCAGUGUUCGGUGAAGUUAAUUUGAUUUGAUUUUCGGUGAUCAGUG